GCUAAUCUUAUUAAAAAUUAAAUUAUUUUUUACAAAUAUUUCAAUAUCAUACUGAAUUAAAGCAGAAUUCUUCUUCUGUUCUAUCGAAGAUUAGUAUUCUAUAGUAUCUCAAAUAAUCCCACACAAUCUUUACUGAAAUACUACUCAACUCAAUUUAAAUAAGAUCAUCUUUCAUAUGUGCUGCCAAAAAUAUAGAAAAUGUGAAAAAAUAUGUUUUCAGAACGGCAUUCUACAAUAAUAUGUUUACAUUUAUAUCUUACAUUUCAAAUCCACCAAAAACAAUUUUAAAAACACCCCACCACAAGCAUUUUUCACACCCACGCAAUGGGUUAUUUUCGCUGAUCAAUGUCGAAUCACCCGGCAAAAGUAUGCUCACAGCACAUACUUACGCAUACAUAUAUCAACACAAAACUCAAAAGUUUACACAUCCACACACACAUACACGCACGCAAACAGGUAUGCGUGAUAUAUCACCUGUGAAAGGAUCAACUUAUCAAGCGCUGAGUGUUUUGCAUGCGCAUUUAAUUUGUUAUUACCCAAUAACACUGAGCAGUGUUCUUCCUGCUGAUGGUUCUCGCCUACGUCUCACCCACUCUCUCUCACUUUAUGCUCAUACUUUUGCGCUCUUUCGUGAAGCUUUUCAACUUGUGGAAAUUCAAUACGAUCUAUUUAUAAAUAUUCACCAAAUAUAAAAAAAACAUAUUUUCCUCAGCAAUGAAUAUUUAAGCAUUUGCUCGUGUUUAUGUGUAUGUGUGUGUUGUAUAUAUGUAUUUUAGUUAGUAGUCGUGUUAUUUGCAUAAGUAUUAUGCUUUGGCGCAAAUAAACAGCGACAAAAUCAUAUAUAAAAUCUCAUUUAUGCACACACUCAAGGGAUUGAAACGGGUACAUGCACGCACACAGACAUCCAGAGACACGCGAACACGUAAACGAACUCAUAUGAAUUUGAGUAUGAGAAUACGUGAAAAUAUGUAUAAAAUAUUUAUAAAUGUAUAUUUGUGUGUAUUAGUAAAUAUUCAUGUGCAGUGAUUUUGUGCCGACACACACACGCACACUCACAAACACACAUAUAUACAUAUACCAGCAUGCAAACACAUUUGUGGGUCUGGGGAAUAUUUGAUAAUGAGCAGCAGCAGCGCCAACAACAACAACACGAAACAACAACUGCUGUUCGCGCUUUGUGGUUGGAUUUCCUCUUUGUAGAUGUAUGUGUGUUUAUGUGUGCAGGUUUCUUAAUCCCAAACCAUAACCAUGUCCGAUGAAGAGGAGUACACUUCUGAAGAGGAGGAGGAGGUUGUCGAGGAGACCAAAGAAAAGCCACCUCAAACACCAGCCGAAGGUGAGGGUGAUCCAGAAUUCAUUAAACGUCAGGAUCAAAAGCGCUCCGAUCUCGAUGAUCAACUGAAAGAAUACAUUAAUGAAUGGCGUAAACAGCGUGCCAAGGAGGAAGAUGAGCUGAAGAAGCUCAAAGAAAAACAGGCCAAGCGCAAGAUCUCGCGUGCCGAAGAGGAACAAAAGAUGGCGCAACGUAAGAAGGAGGAAGAAGAGCGUCGCGUUCGUGAAGUUGAAGAGAAGAAACAGCGCGAAAUCGAAGAGAAGCGUCAACGUCUCGAGGAGGCCGAAAAGAAGCGUCAAGCUAUGCUGCAGGCCAUGAAGGACAAGGACAAGAAAGGACCCAAUUUCACUAUUGCCAAAAAGGAUGCAGGCGUGUUGGGACUCUCAUCCGCUGCCAUGGAGCGUAACAAGACUAAGGAACAAUUGGAAGAGGAGAAGAAAAUCUCCUUGUCGUUCCGCAUCAAACCUCUGGCCAUUGAAGGUUUCAACGACAGCAAAUUGCGUGAGAAGGCCCAAGAACUGUGGGAACUCAUCGUCAAAUUGGAAACUGAGAAGUAUGACUUGGAAGAAAGGCAGAAACGUCAGGAUUACGAUUUGAAAGAGUUGAAGGAAAGACAGAAGCAACAGCUCAGGCACAAAGCCUUGAAGAAGGGUCUCGACCCUGAGGCUUUGACUGGCAAAUACCCGCCCAAGAUUCAAGUCGCCUCCAAAUAUGAGAGACGUGUGGACACACGCUCAUAUGACGACAAGAAGAAACUCUUCGAAGGUGGCUGGGAAGAAAUCGGCAAGGAGGUGAAUGAGAAGAUCUGGAACGAAAAGAAGGAUCAAUAUAGUGGCCGCCAGAAAUCCAAACUGCCCAAGUGGUUCGGCGAACGACCAGGCAAGAAGGCCGGCGAACCCGAGACACCCGAGGGCGAGGAAGAUGCCAAGGCUGAUGAAGAUAUUGUCGAAGAUGAAGAAGAAGUCGAAGAGGAGGUCGUCGAAGAGGAAGAUGAGGAGGCCGAGGAAGAGGAAGAAGAGGAGGAGGAAGAAGAAGAAGAAGAAGAGGAGGAAGAAGAAGAGGAAGAAGAAGAAGAGGAGGAGGAAGAGGAAGAAUAAAUUAAUUUAACUACAUUUAAUAAAAUUUAAAAACAAAGAAAAUAGUUAUUAUUAGCUUAUUCGAUCAACCAACAAAAUAAAAAAUCCAAAAAUAUAUAAAGAGCGAAUAUCAGAAGGAGACGCAGUAAAACGAAUAUAUUUAAACGUGGAAAACUGCAGAAAUUGUCAAAGUACCUCUCUCACUCGAAUUCUAAUUUAAACUCACUCUGACACACUCUCGUCUGAUUAUUCACUCAUUCGAACACUCACACACUACAACAACAACAGUGACAACAUGACGGCAUUAUCGCUCGCUCUCUCUCUGUCUUUUUUUUUAUAUAUAAAUAUAUAGCAACUCAAGAACAAGAAAAACUGAGAAAAACAACAAUUGUUUAAAUUUGUUUGUAAUAAAUCUUUGAAAUUGAGAUGAAAAUCUGAAAUCAGA